CCUCGUGCGGUUCCAUCCGUACGUAUUUCCCUUCCUCCUUUCUCCAUUCUCUCUGAACGAACUGCUGAGAGAAGCCCUAGUAUCUCUACAAUUCUUCCGAUUGCGGUGCCUAGCCAACGCAUCCGACCAUUCACCAAUACCACAACAAAUCUGGUCCGUUGAAAAACAUCAGCACCCACCGGAACAUCACAAAGUUUGCGCCACCGUCCCAGCGGAAUUUUCCCCACUUUCCCUUCGCUUUCAUCUCAGUAGCGAGCCUGGUAUAACAACUCAUGCACCGGAAGAGGAUAUUGAAAAUGAAUGUCAAAGAUCAACCGUAUUGGCGAGUGAUAUGGGGCAGGCAUCUCAGAGCCCCAAAUCUUCCUUUGUUGAACAGAUUCUGGUGGUUAAUGGUGAUGAGCGUGAGUAUCAAAGUCCAAAUGGCUCUUCUGUUGACAAGAGUCAGGUGGUUAUUGAUAGUGAGCAUGAUUUUGAGACCCCAAGUGUUUCUUCUUUUGACAAGAGUCAAGGGGAAAUUGAUGGUGAGGCCAGUCUGACCCCAGAUGACUCCUCUGUUAACAAGUUUGAUAUGGAAGUUGUUGGCGAGUUUGAGUGUCAGAGCCCAGAUUCUGUAUCUGUUGAUGUAUCAGGAGUUGGUAUUAAUGUAAAAGGUGAGAAUGAUGAAUAUGUGGCACCAAAAGUUGGCAUGGAGUUUGAAUCAGAAGAGGAUGCAUACAAGUGUUACAGUAUAUAUGCUGUUAUAGAAGGUUUCAGCAUUCGAAAAGAUUUUGUAAACAAAAGUAGGAUAAGUGGUGCAGUGGUAUCCAGAAGGUACACUUGUUAUAGACAAGGUUAUCGGCCCGCCAAACAUACUGGAAACAUGAGGAAAUCCUCCCGGCAGGAAACAAGAACUGGUUGCUUGGCCCAUAUGACCAUUGCCCGUCAACCCAAUGGCAAGUUUCGUGUCACUCAUUUUGAAACAAAACACAAUCAUGAGUUUGUAACGCCAUCUACAGCUCAUAUGUUACCAUCACAAAAGAGAUUAGAUUUUGUUCAAGCAGUUGAAGCUGACUUAGCCAAUCAUCCUGGAAUGGAUGUCGUACCAAAACUUGGGAUGGGAUUUGAUUCAGAAGAUCAUGCAUACAAGUUUUACAACACAUAUGCUGGACAGAUAGGGUUCAGCGUCCGGAAAGAUUAUGUGAAUAGGAGUAAGAUAGACGGUGCUGUGGCAUCUAGACGGUUUACUUGUUUUAGAGAAGGUUUUCGACAGAAAGACAAACGGGAUUCAAAUGUGAAGAGACCUCGAAAGGAAACAAGAAUCGGCUGUUUGGCACAACUGGUUAUCUCUCGUCAGCCUGAUGGUAAAUAUCGUGUCACUCACUUUGAAGAAAAGCACAAUCAUGAGCUUGUGGCUGCAUGUAGAGUUCGCAUGUUGCGAUCACAAAAGAGACUGGCCGUAGCUCAAGUCACGGAUGACAAUUUAGUUUCUGGUUCUAAGAUUCAGCCAAAAUCAGCCAUUGAAUUGCUAUGUAGGACAGUUGGAGAUUGCAAGGAUCUUGGUUAUGAUCCCAUUGAUUAUAAAAGUAAACUGCCUUUCCGACGUAUGAGGGAGAUGAAAGAGGGAGAAGCAGAAAGGAUACGACUCUAUUUUCAAAGCAAACAUUUAAAAAACCCUUCUUUCUUUUAUGCCAUCCAACUGGAUGCUGAUGGUCAAAUAGCUAAUGUAUUUUGGGCUGAUGCAAAGAUGGUGGUGGACUACAGUGACUUUGGUGAUGUGGUUUGCUUUGAUACAACUUGCAGAUUAUACAGAGAUUGCCGACUUUUUGCAUCUUUCAUUGGGGUUAAUCAUCAUAAGCAAAUGGUGAUCUUUGGUGCUGCGCUUUUAUAUGAUGUAACUGUUGAAUCUUUCAAGUGGCUGUUUCAAACUUUCAUUCAAGCAAUGUCUGGAAAGAAGCCAAAGACUUUCCUCACAGAUGAUGAGGCAACAAUGACUGAAGCAGUUGGUUCAGUAUUGCCUGAAACGCAUCAUCGAAUGUGUGCAUGGCAUGUGUACCAAAAUGGGCUUAAACAACUGAGCGACUUGUUUGUGGGCUCAGGAUCUUUCGUCAAUGAUUUAAGCUGUUGCUUUUUUGACCACGAGGAAGAGGAGGAUUUCAUUAAUGCAUGGAAGGCCAUGCUAGACGCAUAUGGUCUUUGGGAAAACGAGUGGUUGUGUGAGAUAUUUGAAUGUAGAGAGAAAUGGGCUGUAGCAUAUGGAAGGCAUAACUUUUGUGCUGACAUCAAAAGUGCACUACUUCGUGAAAAUUUUACUGCCAACUUAAAGAAAUAUCUGAAGUCUGACUUAGAUGUGCUUCCAUUUCUCAAACAUCUUGGAAAGGUGGUGAAUGAUUGGCACUACAAAGAAUUAGAAGCUAAUUAUGAUAUGAGCCAACGAAUGCCAAGACUAAUGGGGGAUGUGAUUCUGUUGAAGCAGGCAAGGGAUACUUACACGCCAGAAAUUUUUGAAUUGUUCCAGCUAGAAUAUGAAACAUGCCUCAAUAUUCUCGUCAACCAAUGCACUGAGAAUGGGUCAUUGUUUGAGUACAAACUCAGCAUAUAUGGACAACUGCGAGAGUACACAGUUACUUUUAAUUCUGCUGAUGAGAAUGUUUCCUGCAAUUGUAUGAAAUUCGAGUUUAUGGGAGUUUUGUGCAGCCAUGCAUUAAAAGUGCUCGAUUAUAGAAAUAUAAAGCUGCUCCCGACCAAAUACAUCUUGAAGAGAUGGACAAAAGAUGCAAGAGUCUGAAUUAAAACGGCAAUUUGGAGCACCUCAUUAGAAGAUUACAAGUUGGCGGAAACAUUGCUGAUAGAAAUAUCUCUGACUUGUGACAGUUGAAUUAUUUGCAAUGGCUCCUAGCUUUGACUUGAGCAUUUCAAUUUCCUUCGAGAAAAUUCAAUGUAAAGAGGGAGCAGUCUGUUGACUGAAUUUGUGUCAAUACUGUACAAUAUCAUCCCGUAUACCUUCUUCUCGUUGUAUCAUGAAAGCUUGAAUGAAUGUGAAGCUCUCAUCUUCUGCUCUCUCUC